AUGUCGCUCGAAGAUCCCCCUGGAAUGCGCCCCCUCGCCUCCGUCUCUCUAACCCACGUCCAAUACGACGACUCCGACCCGCUCGGGAUGUUCAUGGCCUACGCAUCGUUAGCGCCUAUCGCCAUCAUCAUUUCCUACGUCACGCUCAUUUUCUUCCGAAGGGAUCUGGCGACGAUAUUGAUGUUUGUUGGGCAGUUGGUGAACGAGGGGGUGAAUUUCGUCGCGAAGAAGAUUGUGAGGCAGGCGCGGCCGACUGAAUACCUAGGCAAAGGCUACGGCAUGCCCUCGUCCCACUCCCAAUUCGUCGCCUACUUCGCAUUCUACAUCACCAUCUACGCCUUCACGCGGUUCACCUUCCAAUCCCGCGCCUGGAAACCCUUGAUCACCAUCGCAGCCAUGUCCAUGGCGGGCCUCGUUGCUUACUCCCGCAUCCACCUAACCUACCACACACCCCCACAAGUCCUAGUCGGCCUCACGUGCGGCGCUCUUUUCGCCGGGCUCUGGUUCGCCUUCUGCAACUGGGUGCUGGCGCCCGCGAUCGAUCUCGACUCAAGCGUGGCGAGGUGGCUACUGUUGAGGGAUACGAGGGAUGUGCCGAAUGUGCUGGUGUUUGAGUACGAGACGUAUAGGCAGUAUCAUGCGCAGAAGGAGAAGACGAGCUAG